AUGAGUAAUCUAGUAAACAUCCCGACCGGAUGGAAGAAACAAUCGCCGAACUACGACGUUAGCUUGAAGAAGAGAAAGAAGCGCGAGAAGAAGAGAGGAGAGCGCGAGAAGAGGCAGAGCGGCGCCAGGGAGACGCAGAACUGCGAGUGCAGCCGAACACACUGUUUCGCCUUCUCGAUUGCUGCCACAACUCUUUAUCUUAAGCGAUUCGAGUUGAGACCGAUGCGACUCUCACGACCCAAGGCGACGCGACUGACCCUGUCAACCGACUCUAUCCUAAACGUGUUGUCCCUUGGCUUGACUUCCCCCGACUCUAAGAGUAAGUCUGGAAGAAACUCAACCUUGGACUAUGUCGCUACGAAUAUCCAGAAUAAGCCGAUUUAUUCGGAAGCGUCUCUACGGAACUUUGAGCGCGACACGGUCGACAACUUUGUCGAGAUGGUAAUUGAGAAGUUACGAGACGAUGAAACUCUUCGACACGAGUUUGGCAUCUAG